GCACCAAAUCGAGAGAUUUUGGAGCUGGUGGGGUGGGGGACAAGGAGGUGGCAUCAGCCUGGGGGUCCUGGGAGACAGCCUGAGAUGGGGGCACAGCCAGGAACUCGGGGUAGUCCUGAAACUCCGUGAGAUCCUGGAGGGGUCACGGAGGCCAGAUGGGUACUGGGGAGUGUCCGUGAAGUGGUGGUGGACUUGGAGAGGGUGGUCUUCCUGAUCUCUGCCAGGGUCCUAGAAAGACAGCCCUGAGCACCAGGAGCACCAGUGAUGUUGGAGGCAGGUGUGGGUUCCCACCAUGGCCCUGGGUCCUGCCCUGCUGCUGAGGAGCCAGGAACCCAGGGACACAUGGGGACCAGCAUGCCCCAGUGGUUCCCCAUGGUGGCUCUGCUGGCCUGUGGAGCCCUGGCUACACCACCUCUAGCUGCCAUGAAUGAGGGGGAUGUUCUCCAAAACUCCCUCCCUUCACCUGUUGCAUUUGGGGCUGAGUCUUUCCCUUCAGUGGACUCUGUGAGAAACUGGCAGUGACCCUGUAAAAUCUUCUCUGCACAGACCUCUACAAUUCUCCUCAAAGCAAAGACAACAUCUUACCGCCUCUGUCCUCAAACAAAAGUGCUUCUACAGUUGAUCACUGCCUUGCCUGCGACUCUCUGCUCUCCCCUCAUCUUCCUCCAGCCAGCAUUGGGCCAUCCCAGUGGCGUUUCCCAUAUGCACUAAAGCAAAGGAACUUCUGGAGAUGGAAGGAAACCGGAUAACCCUGGACAGCCUUGAGAAGGGCACAGAUAACCCAGUUUUCAGCUUUGAGGGAGAGAAGAGACAUGAUGAAGGUGGUGCUCCAUGCAGUGAGAGCCAAGAGGAGAGAAGAGAAGGAAAAGGGAGAUUCUCCUCCUACUGCAGGAAGGCUCUGCAGCCAGUAUCAAAGGCAAAGCAUUUCUGCAAGGCUCAUGCCAAGGUCUUGAGAAGAGUUGUCCUGGGGCUCCUUGGAGUAGCCUACCUGUGCUACUUCAUUGCGGCCUGUUACCUCAGCUUCCAGCGAGCCCUUGCUUUGGUGGUCAUGACUGCUGUGGUUGCCUUCUUCAUCUGCUGGGACAUCUUCAAGAAGCACUGUGAGGGAAAGGUUCUGCUGCUCCUCCGCCCUGUUGGGAAGUGCUUCCAAAAGUCCUGGCCAUGGCUGAAAUGGCUCCUGUGGGUGGCCCUCCUGGCAGGCCUGAUUGUGUGGCUGGCUUUGGACACUGGCAGAAACCCAGAGCAGCUCAUUUCAUUAGGCGGCUUCUGCUUUUUGGUGCUGUUCCUGUUUGCCUUCUCCAAGCACCAUGGUGCGGUGUCCUGGAGAGCCGUUUUCUGGGGCCUUGGUUUGGAGUUCUUACUCGGACUCUUUGUCCUCCGAACAACUCCCGGCACCCAAGCUUUCCAAUGGCUGGGAGACCAGAUCCAGUACUUCCUGGGCUACACCACAGCUGGCUCCAGCUUUGUCUUUGGCAACACACUCAUUCAAGAAGUCUUUGCCUUCCAGACCCUGCCCAUCAUUGUUUUCUUCAGCUGUGUGAUGUCCAUCCUCUACUACCUCGGUGUCAUGCAGUGGCUUAUUCUCAAGAUCUCCUGGCUGCUUCAAGUCUCAAUGGGCACCACUCCCACUGAGACUCUCAGUGUGGCAGGAAACAUUUUUGUGGGACAGACCGAAGCCCCGCUGCUCAUCCGCCCAUACCUCCCAGACAUGACCCUGUCAGAAAUCCAUGCUGUGAUGACCGGUGGCUUUUCCACCAUCGCAGGCAGCGUGAUGGGUGCCUACAUAUCCUUUGGGAUUGAUGCAGCAUCACUGAUCGCAGCUUCUGUAAUGGCUGCACCUUGUGCCCUUGCCAUGGCCAAACUCGUCUACCCUGAAGUGGAGGAGUCCAAGUUCAAGGGCAAAGCAAGCAUCUGCCUCUCCAGUGGGGAAGAGCAGAACAUCUUGGAAGCUGCUAGCAACGGGGCUGCCACCUCCGUGGGGCUCGUUGCCAACAUCGCAGCCAACCUCAUCGCCUUCUUGGCCGUGCUGGAGUUCAUCAACGCUGCCCUCCGCUGGUUCGGGGAGAUGGUAGACAUUGAGGGUCUGACUUUCCAGGUGAUCUGCUCCUAUGUCCUCAUGCCUGUGGCCUUUCUCAUGGGGGCAGACUGGGCAGACUCACCACUGGUGGCUGAACUCCUGGGGAUCAAGAUCUUCCUGAAUGAGUUUGUGGCAUACCAGCAGCUGGCCAAAUACAAGAAGAACCGUCUGAUGGGCCUGGAGGAGUGGGAUGGGAACCGGAAGCAGUGGAUAUCUGAGCGAGCUGAGAGCAUCACCACCUUUGCCCUCUGUGGAUUCGCCAACCUCAGCUCCAUUGGCAUCACUCUGGGAGGCCUGACUUCCAUGGUGCCCCAGCGCAAGGGUGACUUUGCCUCCGUGGUGCUACGGGCCCUGCUCACUGGCAUCUGCGUUUCCAUGCUCAAUGCCUGCCUGGCAGGUCUCCUCCAUGUGCCAACACAGGUGGGUGACUGCGCAAUGUUCUUCAGCACCACCAACUUCAGCUCGACCAGCUACACUAUGUACACCUGCUGUAAGCAGCUCUUUGCCAGCUCAGUGCUCCAGAAUGGGACUCUCUCCUUCACGGGAUCCUGGGCUGAGCAGGCAGAGAGCGUGCUCUGGCUCGGAGAGUGCUGUGUGUACUACAACCACACGUCCUGUGCAGGGACAAUCUAGAACUGGGGGAACGACAAGGCUUAUCCCCAGAGGUAGAAAAAACCCCAAGAGAAACCUGAGCAUUUGGUCUCCACUCCCAUGCUGACCUUGCAACCUGGCAACCUGCAGCCUUAGCUGCUGGCCCAGGGGACACAAGG